UAAGGCAAGACACACUUGUUGCUUGUUGGCUGUUUUCUCAAUGCGCAUGCCAAGCAUUGUGCUAAACUGUCUUUUCAUGCUGAUUUUUUGGGCUGCUAUGUGAUAAUGAUGGCUGACUUGUGGAGUGCCACAGAUGAACUCUGUGAUUUUUUAUUUUAUUUUUUAAUAAUCAAAUAAAGUUCUGGUCUUCUUUCGUUAAAGCAAAAGAAAAAAAAAGUGGUUGGGUCUUGGUUUGUCACGUAAAUUGAAUGGUGCGCAUGUGUGUUUGUGUGUGUGUGUGUUUGUGUGUGUGUGUGUGUGUGUGUGUGUGUGUGAGAGAGAGGGAGAGAGAGAGAGAUUCCAUCUUCUGGUUCAGGUAAUGGAUGAAUCGUGCUUACCACCGUUUGCGACAAGGAGGUCGUCGCAUGUGAUCGAUCCUUGCUACACAUUGAGGGAUCCUUUCUAUCAGGCAAUGCAAAAGUUUGUCCACACACGCUCUGAUGAAGCGAAGUCCAUCUCGGGAUGUAGUGCUGAAGUGGUGAAAGCCGAGGGUGCUGAUGAGGGUGCAUUGAACUACUGGUGAAGCGACACAGGAAGGCGGAAUGUACUUCUGUCCGGCACUGCCACGGAGUGGAAAACUCAGCAGUAGCCGAUCUCAAGUAACCUUCAUGCUGCCACUCUUUCAAGACUGAUUGGACUGAACCUUUUCCAGUUAUUAGCUUAUUGCCCUGGGGGUAGUGAUGAGGGGACCACUUUCCGUCUUCAUCCCACAUUCUGAGACUUUUCUUUUUUUGUAUGUGUGAGGUUAUGCAGUCAGAUUUCCCUUUCCCCCCCCUCCUUUUCUCUCUUUCUUAGAUCCAUGGUCAGCGUCUUCUGUCUGAGUUCUUCAAGCCCACAGACUUCUGUCGGAGGGUUGUGAAGUUGUUGCUCUUCCAUCCCCCCCAGUGCCCCCACCCUUGACCCACCCUUGGCCCUGUCAUCAUUAACCCCCCGCACCCUCCACCCUCCUCCACUUGCUUUGUAGCUUUUCCUUUCAUUGACGUUGCGUGUCGAGAUCACCAUUUGUAAUGUCCAUAUGUCCACUUUGCACUCGCUGAUUUCGCCGACAUGAAUCUGUUGACGUGCCACUCGUGGUAGUUUGUCGAACUUCAUCUUUUUCGCAGUUUUACUGAGAGCAUGAUGGUUAAUCUUUUUCACAGUCUUACUGAGAGCAUGAUGGUUAAUCUUUUUCACAGUUUCACUGAGAGCAUGAUGGCUCCACUUUGCAGAGCAAACAGGUGAAAAUUCAGCCGAUAGACAAGAUGCUAGGAGCGACUGGCCAGUGCAAGAUGCACUCUCUGGGCUGGCACCUUGCCUGCCUUCAGUAUAUGGUAGUCCUAUUAAUAAAGUCCUACGAUUUAUCAGUGAGGCCUUGCUCUAGGUCCGUGCUCUAGGUCCGAUUACUCCAAUCAGGAAGCAAGGCUUUAAGGCGGGGAGAGCAAAUGCUGAAACAUCAUGUCAGGCUAGUUGGUGGUGCAGGUCUGUUUUGCGAUAUGGCGUGCAGUGCACUGGGGUUGCCCCGUCCAGUCCUGGAAGUAGAGCAGGUAUGGUGGACUCUCUCUGUGUCCAGUUUCCCGUUGCACCUUGCCUUUGCUCUCAGAAAAAAAAAUCUUCUUUGGAGAAGAGAUGUCCCCAGCUGCUAUGCACUUUCUCAGCCUUUAUUUUAUUUCCUCAAGAUCGUUCAAUGUCCGAAGCACCCAAGGGCUGAUGCCUGCGGAUUAAUGUCACGCCAACGACUCUCUGCGGCUUAUGGAUGCCAGGACUGCCUUGAGUGAAGCUGACAUGGAUGCCGCUUGCGAUCUCGAGGACUUCUCGAAGUUUCUUCAAGACGAGACGUGUGUAUGCAUUGACAUGGAUGCCGCUUACGGUCUCGAGGACUUCUCGAAGUUUCUUCAAGAGGAGGCAUAUUACAUUGAUAAUGCCGCGAUGAUGGCAGUAUCUCAUCGCGUGCAAUGCUGAGCACAGACCGUAAAAAGAUGCAAAACGGAAAAGGAGAGGAUUGUCGCUGUGACAAGUACAAAUAGCAUUGUCCGAACUAUCCCUCGAUACGAGGACUGAGGAGAAUAUCAAAAUGAAAAAGAGGAGGGCACAUCAGCAAGUAUUGUGGGAAAUAAUAAGUUUGUGUGUGUGUGUGUGUGUGUGUCAAUAUUACCUCAUGGCGCAUAUGCCACGUACCCCACCAUUACAGUGGUACACCAGGUUCAGCCAUAACCCAUCACGCACCGUUUCAGACCGCCACCCAUCCAUGCUGCCUUACGAGGCUCUAAAAUGA